AUGCCAUUGCUCGAUCGAGAAAUUAUCAGACGACGACAGGUUGGUGGUGAAACUGUGGAUAUGUCGCCAGAUGAAAUAGACAAAUUGCGAAGGAUAACUCUACCAGGUUUUUACUUGUUUUUUAACGGAAGUUUGCCAUUAUUAUUUUAUCAAAUAUCUAUGAAAUAUUUUGAGGAAGUUCUGGGAUCCACGUUGAUGUAUCGUACACUCUACGAGGUAUGUAUGAAGCAAAAGAAAAUGAUGAUUUGUCGCUAUACACAAAAAGCAAAUGAGGAGAUAAGCUCGAAAUUUCGCUACGCUGGUUUCCACUUGGUCUAUUUACCAUAUGCAGAAGACAAGCGCGAUCUCAGUGAGCAAAUGACUCAUCCAGACGGCGAAUGGCCAAAAGCAUCCAAAGAACAAAUUGAAGCGGCCCGAGGUUUUGUGAAAAAGCUAACUGCCAGCUAUUUUCCAGAAAAAUUUUGCAAUCCUGUUCUGCAGAAACACUAUAAAGUGAUCGAGGCGUUGGCACUGGAUUAUGCAGAAAUGCCGGAAGUGAAAGAUCAGAUCCAGCCAUAUUUUGUACACGAUGUAUUCCGGAAAAGAGUGGAAAAAGAGUUAGACAGCUAUCGAACUGCUACGCUCUCUGAUGAUUAUAAUCCGGAAGAAAAGAAAAAGAAGGAAACGAAAACCAAAAGAACGGAUGACUCAAGUAGGAGUUCGAAAAUACUUUAA